CACGAACCAGGUCCACGCAAUGGCAUACUAACUCCGUAAUGGCGAAUUUAAUUAUCAUCACACGAGCGAGAUAUUUAUCAAUUUAAGCGGUUGUCUAGCAAUAGAUCUGAGAUCGUCUUUUUUUCGUUUCUGUCUUGUUCUAACUUCCUCGUUUGCGAUACCCAAGACACGCUUUCCCCGCUGUCCCAACAUUGGCGACUUUAUUGCCCGCAUUCACGUGCCAACCCAGGGACAUCAUGGCCACCCCAGAGGCCAAAGAACUGGCUUUGAUCGACAAAGUCGACUUUAAGAUCCUCCAUGUUGCAAAUGACGAGAAGAAGCUGCCAGAGUUACUAAAAUUGUACUUGGCGCCCCUCAUCCUAAAAGCUGCCAGUGAGCACUUCUCAGUGCGAAGCAAGGUGAUUCAAAUAUGCCAGCGGCUCAAAACAUUCGUACAACCGCCAGGCAUAGUCCUGCCUGUAGCUGCCCUUCUCUCGCAGUACAAGGCAACCGAUUCUCCACUGGUUAGGCACCUGGAUCUUACAUUUAUUCAGCACAGCAUUGGGCGUAUAGAUAGUUCGGAACGCGCUGAGCUUGUUUCAUUAGUUCUCAAGGACAUUGGCAAGAACAUCAGUCCCAGCCACGCCGCUCUUUUCAACGUGGUGUUACAUAUAAUUCCCGACGUCAAGGUGCCGCCCAGAGGAAGCAAAGAAUCCGAUGCUUUCCGGGAUGAAAUCGGUAUAUCUGACCCAGAAGACGCUGGCUAUGUUGCCGACUGGUUGACAAAGCUGUUGCUGUUGAAGCAAAACUUAUCUGAGACUAUGGGCCUCACGGAGGAAGACAUCAAAUUUCUGACCCUCGACAAACCCGAAACAUGGACGGGACCCAACGGCCUGAAGCUGGCAGAGACACGCUUGCGAGCACUGAAUCUCCUGGCCAGUGGCGCUUUCACUGACAAAGAGCGUUUCCUGGCAGCUAUAUACGCUUCUGCUAGCUCUGAUGGGCGUAUGUCAUCUGUUGGCGAUGACAUGCUGAAGAGGUCAACUGUCGACCUAGAAGACAAGUCAAUAGUGGAGAGACUAUUCACUGCUCACCUCGGACUACCAUCACCCUACCGAGCCAAGAUACUCAAUCUUUUGAGCAGGUCAGCGACAUCAGUUACGUACAAGGAAAACAUUCUGAAUGUUGUCAAGAUGGAUUUGGAAGGAAGUUUUCCACACGCGCCCAACGAAGACUGGGUUCGGCGGAUGCAAGCUAGCGGCCUCGAGCAGACGAAGCUCCACAAAGCUCUGUUUGAAUAUAUGAACUGGGUAGCGCGUAUUGGGCCAAGCAAAGACGGCAACUUCACGGCCAUCGCACACCCCCUGAUCGACCAUCUUGUGGCUUUUAUCCGAGGUCAAGGCUGGCCCGUUCCGGAAAACCUAUCCGUGGAUCAGGUCAACCUGCGAUACAGAGCCUACGAGACGAUUGGUAUUCUGGCUAGGUCGGCCGAGGAGUUUCCCGAAGAGCCCCGGACAUUUCUGCUCAGUUUCUUGUUCCGGUCACUAUCGGAGGACCCUUCGGAUGUCGUUGCUGCCAUUGAUGGCGCGCUGCCCGCAGUUGCACGCUUCUUCCAGAACCCCGGUGAUGCUGAAUGCUUCCACCUUCAUUCCACACUACUCACUUACAUGUCACCACCCCAUGACGCGCCCGAGAUAGUGCGCAGCACCCGGCCCGCGGCCGUCAAGUGCGCCAACCAAUGCCUGCCCUUUUCCGAUGCUACCGCGCGGUGGAUCGACAUCCUCGCCGUAGCCAGUGCUCGUAGCGAGCGAAGGGAUGUCGUUGAGGAGGGCCGCAAAGGCCUGGAUCCGUGGACUUAUUACGCCAAUGAGGAGUCCGCGUCCGCCAAGCUUCCUGACUGGGUCGAGAUGGUCCGGACUUAUUUCACCGAACGUAUCUCCUCGGCCGACGAUCAUGUGGAUAAGAAAGCAAAGGAUGAACAUCCGACCUCGCCGUUCUUCGCCAACUUUGGAGGAGACAAGCUGCAUGCCUACCCACUCACUGUGACAUACUGCACCCGAAUCUUAUUCUUGAUGGCGUUAGGGGAUAGCUUCAAGGUCCAGCCAGGCUGGGAGCUGCAGCUGGAGAACAAAGUGCGGUCUGAUCUCGAAGCUCGCAGGACGAUUCGCCACUAUCUGGCCAACGCUCACGACAAUUUGCCCCGGGCGUCCGAUGCAACAACAAUGCCCAGCACAGCGCUUCUUACCCUACUGACAGCUGCGCUGGAGGGCAUGUUGCUUCAGGACAAUGAUGAAAUCGUCAACGAAUGUGCGCAGAGCUUCGUAGACCUUGCCUCGCUAGCUCCCAAAGCGGUGCUGCGGUCUCUGGCCGGCCGAGCGGAGGAUUUGUUGCCGCUGGUUAUGUCCCACAAGUCCGAUUUGCGACUUCUUGGUUCUCGGGCAUGCGCUAUUCUUGGGGCUCAUCCUGCUAAAGGGCAGGGGUCUACGAUGGAGAUUUAUGAGCGCCUUAUGGCCGAGUUCCAAUCACAGAGCACUGGCAUUGGUAGCGAGGCAAAGACCCAAGGGGCACUGCUUUGUAUGGCACAUCUUGCCUCAAGAUUGGUAUACUAUUAUGGCCUAAACAAUCCAUCAGGAGAGCCUUCAACACCGUUGAUGGACAAAAUCAGACGCAACAUCUUUUUCAAGGCUUCGUCGCUGGCUCGACGCAACUCCACAUAUCAGGCUAUGUCACAGUUCUGGACUGCUGGUCUUUCAUGUCUCUCUCAAGAUGAUUCUCGGAAAGAAUUGGCUGCGGAGUGGGUUGAAUUACUUUCUUCCGAGGCCAAGAAAUCCAACGACAAGGCAAUCAUCGCCCUGGGUCGCCUCGCAAUAGCUCUCGAUGAUACAGACGACAAAGAUUCGUCCAUCAUCACUGAUAUCCUAUCCAGACUAUACGACCUUCACGAGAUCAAGCAGACAGAAGUCCAAUUUGCUGUAGGCGAAGCCAUAACAGCUGCCGUUGCCUGCUGGGACUCUGAAGUUGUUCAACUCACCCUGGAUGUCGAGCCUAAAGACGACUCUUAUCUCAUCAGCAAGCGUAGCACAAGGGUAUCGGAGCUGCUGAACAAGCUUCUGCAGGACUGCAAGACGACCAAGCCUUCCCUCCUAAAGGCCUCGGGCAUAUGGCUUUUCUGCCUGAUUCAGAACUGCUCUCACCUCCCCGAGAUCCAGUUGAAGCUGCGCGAGAGCCAGGUAGCGUUUAUGCGGCUUUUGAGUGCCCGCGACGAACUCGUUCAGGAGACUGCGAGCCGUGGUCUUGCGUUGGUGUACGAGCGCGGAGACCCCGCUCUGAGAGAAGAUCUGGUCAAGGAUCUCGUCGCCGCCUUCACCGGAUCUGGGCCAAAGCUCGAGGUCGACAAGGAUACUGAGUUGUUUGAUGCUGGAGCGCUGCCUACCGGCGAAGGCAAGAGCAUCACAUCCUACAAAGAUAUUGUCAGUCUGGCCAACGAGGUCGGUGACCAGAGCCUCAUUUACAAGUUUAUGUCCUUGGCUACCAACGCCGCGACAUGGUCCACUCGUUCGGCAUUUGGCCGUUUCGGUCUCAGUAACAUCUUGUCGGAGUCCGAGGUUGAUCCUAAGCUGUAUCCGAAACUGUAUCGAUACCGAUUUGAUCCCAACCUGAACGUGCAGAAAUCAAUGAACGAUAUCUGGAAAGCACUUGUUAAGGACUCCUCCGCUGUCAUCGACACCCACUUUGAGGCCAUCCUUUCAGACCUCCUGAAGAGCAUACUGGGUAAGGAGUGGCGAGUGCGACAAGCUAGUUGUGCUGCCAUCGCAGACCUCAUUGGUGGGCAGAAGUUCGACAGAUACAAGGAGCAAUACCAAGACAUCUGGAGCGCAGCCUUGCGGGUCUUGGACGACGUCAAGGCCUCUGUCCGUGAGGCAGCCAUGGGUCUCUGCAUGAACCUUUCUAACACUCUGGUGCGGCAGCUUGAGGAGUCGAGCAGCGCUGCAGCUUCCAAAACAGCCACCGCAAUGAUAGGACAAGCCCUACCAUUCCUGCUCUCUGACAAGGGCAUUGAAAGUGGUGUUGAAGAAGUUAAAGGUCUCGCAAUCAUAACGGUGAUGAAGAUUUCCAAGAACGGCGGCCCGGCGCUCCGGCCAUACAUCGCUGACAUGGUGACGCACCUGCUGAACCUCUUGAGCACCAUCGAGCCUGACGCUCUUAAUUACUACUACCAGCGGUCGGGCGAGGAAUCGCGGGAAAAGAUCGAUAAGCUGCGCAGCUCGUUCGUCUCACAGUCGCCCAUCUUCGUCGCCAUCGAGGAUGCGUUGCGCCAGGUCGACGCUGAAGUCAUGCCCAAGCUACUGUCGGGAGUCGAAGAAACCAUCAAGAGCGCCAUCGGCAUGCCCACCAAGAUCGGGUGCAGCAACCUGUUGUCUUCGCUAUCAAUCCGGCACGCCGUCGACUUUGCUCCACACUCGGGCAGGUUCCUGAAGCUCAUGUACAAGUGCGUGCUUGACCGCAACGACGAGGUCAGCCGCGCAUAUGCAAAGGCUGCCGCAUACAUGAUGCGCGUGGCGCCUGACGCAGCGCGCCUCAAGUUUGUAGAGCACUUUGCGGACCUGUACUUUGCGGCCGAGGACGAGGGCCGUCGGCGCAAGGUCGGUGACGUCGUGCUGGCGCUGUCCAAGAUCUCACCGGACCACUUCAAUGCUCUCGAGGCGCAGCUCCUACCUCUUGCAUAUCUGGGCAAGCACGAUCCAGAAGAGUAUGUCGCCACGUGCUUUUCCGAGGUAUGGGACAAACAUGCCGGCAGCGCGAGGAGUGUUGUGCGCUACGUCGGUGAGAUCACAGAGCUGGUGGAGCGGGCGUUGGGUGCGGCGCAGUGGGCGUUGAAGCAUGCCGGAGCGCUGACUACAGGGUCAAUGGUCAAGGCGGUCCUGGAGGGAGCAAGCCUUAGCGCCGAGACGGCAGCGUCGCGACUCGAUAAGAUUUGGCCAACAUUCGAGAAGUCGUUAUUACUCAAAACGUUUGAUGGCAAGGAGAAGCUCUUAGACCCGCUGGCCGACAUGGCAGAGAAGGGAUUCGGAGACGACGCGGUGCUAAAGAAGAUCGUUGUGCGUGAGGCGAAGCGCAACAACGACGCGUACCGUGUGCAUGCAUUCAAGUGCCUUUGGAGGUUCGCCAAGUCUCGCAAGCAGAUGGACAUGUUGGAUGACAUCGUGAGCAUCGUGGCGCCACACCUCGACGCACUCAAGGACGAGGACAGAAUGGAUGUGGACGGAGAGAAGGGACGCGAAGAUCUGGUAGCCAAGACGGCCACCGUGGCUGUGGAAGCCGUGGCCAGGGGCUACUGCCGAGAGAAGAUCGAGGCCGAGCCAGAGGCGGUCCUGAGAAGGGUAGUCUCAGCGCUGGGGCCCUACCUUGCCAGCUCCCAGUUUGGCCGCGUUCGUAGGGAGGUGUGGUACAGCUGCGCCGCGGACCUUCUGGACGAUGCAAAGAAGGGCGGUGCGGGGAAACAAUCAGCGUCUACGCCCGACACCGCCGAGAAGAUCCUGAACACGCUCGACUUGGAUGCUCCGGACGUUGGUACAGAGGAUCAGCGGGCCGCGAGAAUGAGGGCCGUGGAUGCCUUUGUUGAGACAUGCAAGAAGGGCGUAUUUGGGGCCGUUGACGCUAUGGAAUUGAUGAAGAUCCUGAAAGAAAAGCUGGUAGCCGCUGCCUCGGGAGAGAGAUCGCUGGCUGUAAAGGGUGCCAUUGCACAGAUACUGGGAAAGUUGUGAGGGGAUGUGACAAUUCUUCGAUACCUAGCUAGCAGCGUGGUCGUGGAAUAACCUCCGGUGAGGUCCAGGUAGAGGCAAGCCAGAAGUCAAAUGAGA